AUGAAUUAUUAAAACUAUGCUCAAUAUGGCAAUUCAUAGAAUUAUUCAAAUAAUACUUAAAAUUAGUAUCCUUAACAAUACUAAAAUGGAUAGUAAAUUUCAAAUCAGAACAACAAUAACUAUUAAUAUAACAUGGUACAACCAGCUAAUUACCCAGUAUUAAAUUUUGAAAAAGAAUCCUUUUGCCAAGAUUAACCAGAUCAAAUUAUACAUAAUGAUUAUUUAUAAUAACAAUAAUAAUAGUAGUAAUAAUAAUAAUAAGUAACUUAACAAUAAUAACCAUAUCAAUAAUUAGAUAAUAAUAAUCCUGCUUAAACCCAAUACGUUUAUGUAAAUUAAUAAAUUGCCACUCCCUUUUUUUAACCAGAAGAUUAAAAUACUGAUGAAAUUAUGAGUGAACAUCUAAGAAGAAAUUUAAUCUAUAAAAUAAACUUCUUCUGGAUUAUCCAAUAAACCAUAUAAAUUAUAUUAUGUAUAAUCAAUAUGGCAAGUUAUUCAUAUGAUAGUUUGUUUUUUGAUUAUUCCACUGUGUAAUAUAGAGCAACAAUUUAUGUUUUCCUAUUUUUAUCAUUUGGAUAUAUGAUAGCUAUUAGAUUCGCUAAAUCUUUAUGGAAAAUGAGAGGAUAUUAAUCAAUAAUUUAUCUUAUUUAUGCAAUUGUAUAUUCAAUUUUCAUAAGUGGGAUUGUUUCAUCUAGUCACUUAAGUUAUUAUUAGUAGAAAACCUACUUUUUAAUUGGAUUUCUUUACUUUAUUGGAACUAUAGGAAUUUUAAUAAUGCUUAUUUAGUUUUAAUUUCAAAUUAAAAAUUUUAAAGAAGAGGAGAUGCGAAUAAAAGGUAUUUUUAUAUCUCAAAAUUAAGAAUUCAUAAAGAGUAUUAUAAUUGGCCCAAUUGGAAUCCUAUUUCUGAUAACAGCCUUAUUUGGUAUUGAUGCGGCCUCAAUGCUACUAUUUUAUGAGCUUAUUUGGUCCUAUAUCUUCACAUUAUUUUAUAUAAAUAGUUUGUUAUAAGUCUACAGAGGAAAGGUAUGA